UCCCAACCCCCCGCUGCCCGAGGAGCCACUGCCCACGUAUCCCCUUGAGUUCGAGCGGUUCUGGAAGGCGGCGCAUGAAAACCCCCACGACUUCGCUGCCUGGACCGAGCUGCUGCAAUACGUGGAGCAGGAGAAUCAUCUCUUGUCGGCCCGGAAAGCCUUUGACAGCUUCUUCGCCCACUAUCCUUACUGCUAUGGCUACUGGAAGAAGUACGCCGACAUGGAGCGCAGAUUCGACUGCCACAAGGAGGUGGAGGAGGUUUUUGAGCGAGGACUCCAGUCCAUCCCCCUCAGCAUGGACCUGUGGAUCCAUUACCUCUCCUACCUCCAGGCCACCUUAGACAUGAACCUGCCUGAUUCCAUCCAGAAGAUCCGCGGUGUGUUUGAGUCAGCUGUGGCUGCGGCGGGCAUGGACUUCCGCUCAGACAAGCUCUGGGAGAUGUAUGUGGAGUGGGAGAGAGAGCAGGGCGAUCUACGGGCCAUCACGGCCAUCUACGACCGGCUCCUGGCCACCCCCACACAACUCUACAGCCACCACUGGGAGAAGUUCAAGGAGCAUGUGAUACACAACCCCAUCCAGGAUGUUGUGACGCCCGAGGAGCUGGCGUGGCUCCAGUCCAAGUUGGUCACAGACACCGUACAGAAGUUGCCUGAGACAGAGGCCGAAGAGCCGCCGCCUGGGGAAGAUGUGCCCCCAGGGCUGGAAGCCAAGCAGGAGGCAGGGGUGGAUGACCAGGCAGAUAUCGACCAGGACAAGGUCCGCGAGCUGGUCCUCUCCAUCCGGCAGCAGGUCUAUGCUCAGAACGAGGCAGAAGUCAGCAAGCGUUGGACCUUUGAAGAAGGGAUCAAGCGGCCCUACUUCCAUGUGAAGCCGCUGGAGCGAGCCCAGCUGAGGAACUGGCGUGACUACCUGGACUUUGAAAUGGCCCAUAGCUCUCAUGAGCGUACCAUCGUGCUGUUUGAGCGCUGCGUCAUCGCCUGCGCCCUCUACGAGGAGUUCUGGAUCAAAUACACCACCUACUUGGAGAACCACACGGUUGCCGGCACCCGCAGCGUGUUCCAGCGGGCGUGUUGCUACCACCUGCCCCGAAAGCCCAGCAUCCAUCUCCUCUGGGCUGCGUUUGAGGAGAAGCAAGACAACAUAGAGGAGGCACGGCGCAUCUUAAAGACCUUUGAGGAGGGCAUGCCUGGGCUGGCCAUGGUGCGACUGCGGCGGGUGAGCCUGGAGCGGCGACAAGGCAACCUGGAGAUGGCCGAGGCCUUGCUGCAGGAAGCCAUCCAGGCCAACGAGGGGCUGCCGCUGGCCUCCUUCUAUGCCAUCAAACUGGCCCGGCAGGUGCUGAAAGUCCAGAAGAACCUCAUCAAGGCUCGGAAAGUCCUCAUGGACGCACUGGAGAAAGACCCGGAGAAUGCCAAGCUGUAUGCCAAUCUGCUGGAGAUGGAGUUCAGUGCCGACAUCAAACAAAAUGAAGGCAACACCAUGACGUGCUUUGAUCGGGCGCUCAACAGCAGCCUGUCUGAGGAAGCUAAGAUAGUCUUCUCACAGCGCCGUGUGGAGUACCUUGAGGACUUCGGCUCCAGCAUGCACAGCUUGCUGGUUGCCUACGAUGAGCACCAGAAGAUCCUGAAGCGCUACGCAGCCCGCAAGAGGGGCCCCGAGAAUGGUGCCGAUGAGCCAGAUGAGAAGAGGAUGAGAAUGGAGGACGGGGCUGGGAUGAUGGGGCCUGGCAUGGCUGGAGGCAUGAACCAAGGCAUGGGGGGCGACGUGGGCAACAACCCAUCGGCCGCCUACAACUACAACGCGUGGUAUCAGCAAAAUUACAGCGCUUACGGCUACCAGAACCCCUGGAACUACAACCAGUAUUACCACCAGAGCUGAGGGCCGGCAGGCAAGACGGCCAGAGAUGCAGAACCGCGACAGGGAACUGGACUGCCUGGCUCCUUCCAAAUGGGAGGCCCUGCUUCCCACCCCACCUUCUGUCCCCACACCGCAGCGCCCACCCCCGGGCACUGAAGUGCACUCAUCUCUGGGGAGCUUUGAGAUUUUCUGCUUCCCUGGACAGCUGGACUCUGCACCCAAGCAAGAAAAGGGGGGUGGGGGUGAGUUCCUCACUCCCAGUACCACCCCUCUCCACCCAGCUCACAGGCUGCUGGGCUGGGGUUGGGUUGGUUUUUAAACACCCAGUUAGCAAGGGGGCCCCUUUUGUAAAACUUUUUUUUUCUGUACAUUUCAUGUGGCGUUGGGUGUAAAUAAACGUGGGGGUAAGCACA